GCGUCUAGUUCGGCGAGAGAGAAAAGCAAAACAAUCAUUUUUAUCCCCUUUUACCGGCUGCUUUUAGGGUCCGUAGUGACAUACACUCUCGACAGUGAGUCGUAGUCCACACAAUACUGUUAAAUGCAUCUUAUCCCACUCAGCACUAAAGUCUACAGAAAGCUGGUGAUCUUGUGAAGUCACAUUUGAUCCAGGUUGAAAAUGACUUCCAAACGGCUUCUCGAGCCUGUCACCGGGAAAGCGCUGCAUGAAGGUGCUUUCAGGAAUUUUGGCAAGGAAAUCUCUCCAAAUGGACAUUACUAUACCUCAACGAGAGAGAUGCACUACAUUCAUAAGAAAUUUGCAUGUGGCAGAGAAGAGGACGAACAGAGCUCAGGUGGGGUCCUUAAAUACGGCUGUCCUGCUCAUCACCUGAUCCUGAGUGGCAUCAGGCUACAAGACCAAACUCACAUUGAGGCUCUGAGCCCACUGAGAGGCCCAGGACCUCUCCCUCCAUCUCCCGAAACACCACACCCGCACACGUCCUCCAUCAUCCCCGUCCCACAUGACAGGAGGCCUUCUGGUCAUGCUGAUAAAGAAGUGAUGGCCGCCACCGUCCUGACCACACUGUCUACCAGCCCGUUGGUGCUCAACGCUUCCUCCAGUGCCUCAGAUCUGGCUAGUAAGGGCUGGAAGGAGAGCCUGUCUGCCAGCUACAGCAGCUCCACCAGUGGGAACUGGAGCUGGGACGCCAGUGACCAAUCGGUGCCCUCCACGCCGUCCCCGCCCCUCUCCAACGAUGCCGGCAAGAGCUUCCUGCUCUCCUCCCAGAGUGAUGACAACAAUGAGGACACCGAGAGUACACACUUCCUGUUUGAGGACCCCAUCCCCCGGAAACGAAAGAACUCCAUGAAGGUGAUGUUUAAGUGUCUGUGGAAGAACUGUGAAAAAGUCCUCAGCACCUCCUCAGGGAUCCAGCGCCACAUCCGCACCGUCCACCUCGGACGAAAUGGAGAUUCUGACUACAGCGACGGAGAGGAGGAUUUCUACUACUCUGAAAUCGAGGUCAACAUGGACACUCUUUCGGAGGGGCUAUCCAACCUCACGCCCACCUCUCCUACUUCGUCCGGGCCGGCCCCCGUCUUCCCCGUCCUGACUUGUGAUGUGUCUCGGUCUGAGCCCGCCCGCAUGAUCCACACCCCACUCAGCCAAUCAGCACCGUCGGCGCUGUGUCACAUCCGCACUGACCACGCUUACCAGGCUACAACCCCUGUCAGCAUUCCCAGCAUGCCCUCUGAACCGCCUCACAGUGAGGAUAGGAUUAGUGUAUCCUGGCAGUCGCCCCCUGUCAUAUAUAACGGUCUACCGGGCCCGAUGACUCAAAUCCGCACUGUGAGCAUCGGAGAGAAGAGACAACCUGUUAACCACACCACUGUCAACAAAGCACACACCAACAACACCUCCGCUUCCAAAGCCACCACUGGAACCAGGAAACCACGCGGCGAAGCCAAGAAGUGCCGAAAGGUGUACGGCAUGGAGAAGAGGGACCUGUGGUGCACAGCGUGCCGUUGGAAGAAGGCCUGCCAGCGCUUCACUGACUGAGCUUUAUCCUUUAGCCCGCUUCGAAACGUGCUCUUUUAUUGCGCCUGUUCCACGGACUGAGCACCGAAAUCUCCUGCACACUCUCACAGGGGGACUUGAUGAGCCGUCUGAGGCGUGUGGCCUUUUAAACGUCACUCAUUCCUCCAGGCCACCAGGGGGUGCUCUUUUCCUACCGCUUCCAUAGUGGGACAACGAGACUGCUAUUCAGAAUAAAAAACUGAUAAAAAGCAAAAAAAAGAGGAAAAUACUUUGGGGGAAAAAAAGCUUAUUGGCUUUUGCUGCAAUUGCAUAUUAAGGCAAAAACAAGUUACUUUUUCAUAAUGAAACAAUCAAAGCAGAUUUUUCAGGCAGUUUAUUUUACUUUCAUGUUUUCCCGGAAUACAGCAAACGAUUUUCCAUGAUUUUAAGUGUGGCAGACUUUAUACAUAGCAGUUUUUUUAACUGUUAAAAACUCUGUAAGCUACUUGGACUGGGUAUUGAGUAUUUUAAACAGUUAACCCUCUCACACGAGAAUCUGAAAACUCAUUUACGCUUCAAAAUCAAACUGUUUCUGGACUCACCGCUUUAUUUUGCCUACAAGCACUUUGAACGGCCAUUGAAAAUCAUUUCGUUUUCUAUUUCGAUAAAGCAGUGCAGUUUAGCAUUGGAAUCGGCGCAUUCGCGUUUCCGCUAAAUAGUCGAGAACUGUUUCGACACACAUCGCUAAAGUAAUACCUCUAAACAAGAAUGAGCCUUACAGAGAGAGACCUCGGUGUACUUCAGCGCGAGCAGCGCGAGUGCAGGAAUGUAAAAUGGCCUCUCUCUGCGCUUACGCACCCAAACCAUUCUGUCCCUCACAGAUCAACUGCCUCUUUAUAAGCUACGAGGUUUAUUCCUGUCAGUCCACAGUAUUAAUUGAAUGGCAGGCACUUUAACCAGUCACACUUCAGAUUUAACCGUCAUCCCAACAGGACAUCCCAGGCUAAUGUGAUCCAUAAAUCAAGUGUUUCCCACACAAACACACAUUGCAGAGUCUUUGUGGCAAUUUCGGGCCAGAUUGUGCUUCCUAAGGAACUAUUCGCUUCUCGUUCAGCUUAUGGGUAUUAUUCACGUUAAGGAAACGCUUGCUCUGAUAACAUGUAGAUGUCUUCCACUGUGCUUUCUUUUCAUAUGGAGGUGAUCAUGUGAUGUCUUCAUGUAAACAGACCCUCUCAAUAUGAGCCAAGCAGCUCUGUGCUGUUACACUGCCAAAAAUGAUUUGCUUUGUAUUUUUGACGUUUUCCAUUACUGAUAUCUAAAAACUCUUGAAUCAAGAUACACUUACUUAAGAAUGGAAAUGACCUGAUGUUAAGUCUUAGUUUCUGAAAAAUAUAUUUCAGAAAAGCAAUAUGCUUGUU